AUGGCUGAUUCAGGAACUGUUAAAUGGUACAAUGCUACAAAACGUUUUGGUUUUAUAACAUCGGAUAAAGGUGGUGAAGAUCUUUUUGUACAUACAGAUGAAAUAAAGACAAAUGAUCGUACGUUAAUGGAAGGACAACGUGUUACAUUUAAUAUUACACAAGGUCGAAAAGGUCAACAAGCAUCGAAUGUAACUGUAGUUGGCUAA